GCCUCCUGUACGGUGGCCGGCAUGGCUCAGUAACUCCCGUGGAGCUGGAGAACCGUGAGGAAGAAGGUAGCUGUACAGUUCAGCAAAGUCCUGAGCUCACCUCCAUUGGCUUCCCGGUCAGACACGCCAAUUGCUUGAACCAAGUAGCAAGGAAAGUCUGCUUCUCUGUGAAGUGAUCAGAUAUAAAACAAAGAAUUGCUUUCCAUGAAGACAGAGCAGAUACAUUGAGGGAAUUGUCACAGAAGAAUAUUACUUAGACAGUAACAGAGGCGGAAUGAUUGGGAACAGUCUCUCUCUGUGCUAUCACAACAAACUAAUCUUAGCACCUAUGGUUCGGGUGGGGACUCUUCCAAUGAGGCUGCUGGCCCUGGAUUAUGGAGCAGACAUCGUUUACUGUGAGGAGCUGAUUGACCUCAAGAUGCUUCAGUGCAAGAGAGUUGUCAAUGAGGUGCUCAGCACAGUGGACUUUGUUGCCCCUGAUGACCGAGUCGUCUUUCGCACCUGUGAAAGAGAGCAGAGCAGGGUGGUUUUCCAGAUGGGGACUUCAGACGCAGAGCGAGCACUUGCUGUGGCCAGGCUUGUAGAAAAUGAUGUAGCUGGUAUUGAUGUCAACAUGGGCUGUCCAAAAGAAUAUUCUACCAAGGGAGGAAUGGGAGCUGCACUGCUGUCAGACCCUGACAAGAUUGAGAAGAUCCUUAGCACUCUCGUUAAAGGAACACGCAGACCUGUGACCUGCAAGAUUCGCAUCCUGCCUUCGCUAGAAGAUACCCUGAGCCUUGUGAAGCGAAUAGAAAAGACUGGCAUUGCCGCCAUCGCAGUUCACGGGAGGAAGCGGGAGGAGCGGCCUCAGCACCCUGUCAGCUGUGAAGUCAUCAAAGCCAUCGCUGAAACCCUCUCCAUUCCUGUCAUAGCCAAUGGAGGAUCUCAUGACCAUAUCCAACAGCAUUUGGACAUAGAGGACUUCCGACAAGCCACAGCGGCCUCUUCAGUGAUGGUGGCCCGAGCGGCCAUGUGGAACCCAUCUAUCUUUCUCAAGGAGGGUCUCCGGCCUCUGGAGGAGGUCAUGCAGAAGUACAUCAGAUAUGCGGUGCAAUAUGACAACCACUAUACCAACACCAAGUACUGCUUGUGCCAGAUGCUACGGGAACAGCUGGAGUCAUCCCAGGGAAGAUUGCUCCAUGCUGCACAGUCUUCCCAGGAAAUCUGUGAGGCCUUUGGCCUUGGUGCCUUCUACAAGGAGAUGACACAGAAGCUGGAUGCCCGGCGGGCUGAGCUCUUGGCCAGAACUCCGGAAGAAACAGAGGAGCCAGCUGAAGAUACCUCUGGUGUCAUUAAGAUGGCUGUCAAGUUUGACCGGAGAGCAUAUGCACCCCAGAUCACCCCCAAGAUGUGCCUGCUGGAGUGGUGCCGGAGGGAGAAGUUGGCACAGCCCACAUAUGAAACAGUUCAACGGCCCCUGGAUCGCCUGUUCUGUUCUGUUGUCACUGUUGCAGAGCAAAAGUACCAGUCUACCUUAUGGGACAAGUCCAAGAAACUGGCGGAGCAAGCCGCGGCCAUCGUCUGUCUGCGGAGCCAGGGCCUGCCUGAGGGUCGGCUGGGUGAAGAGAGCCCCUCCUUGUACAAGCGCAAGCGGGAGGCCUCUGACCAAGACCCUGGGGGCUGUAGAGCUCAGGAGCCAGCACUGCCUGGGGAAAUGUGCAAGAAGCCCUUUGUAGCCUUGGAAAGUGGUCAAGGGAGCCCCCUGGAAGGCUGGUGACUACUGUCCCUGCCCUGGUCAGCCCCUCCCUGGGCCUGGCUCUAAGGUGGCUGUGGCUGCUGGAGCAUAAGCCAGAUACCAUUGGACAGUUUGCUGGCCCAGCCUGUCAGAAGUGAGAGGUGCUGGCCUGGGCCAUCAGCCUGCAACAUGGACCAAGGAGUACCCAGGAUUGGAUUCCUAUCUCCCUUGGUGGGUCUCAGGGGUGGGGCCAAGGUCCUAGCAACCUCAGUGUUUUCUUUGAAGAUGGGUUUUCAGGUGGCACUUCUCCAACCUGACACUGGAACAGUGCAAUAAAGACAACCCCCACCCUCACCUAAGGCUGGCCGCCUCAGCCUUGGGCACCUUCACA